CUUCUUUACAAAUUGUGAAUCACAAUCAUUCCCACAACCCAUUCUUUCAUAAAAGUCAGCUGACGGGGGAGUUUUUUCACUCCUUACAUUGGAUUGAUAUGAAUGGAGUUUAUAUCAUGCAUUGAUAAACCAUAUUCUUAGGAACAUCGAAAGAGAAAGAGGAAUGAUUUUUAAUUGCUCAUAUGAGAAGACAGAAGUUUCAUCGACUUGCACUGUAUGUACUUACUGUCCAUUUCCGUUCUGGAAUAUUGUACAACCAAAAUUGAUACCAUUUUUCGUUGCGUUUCCGCUCAGUCAGGAUGAAUGUGACGACAACCGAGGAGGAUGUCCAAGUCGUCCAAAUUCAGGCAGAGGGUCACUUACUUAUAAAUGAGGCCGUGGAGGAGAAUGGUGGUGACUUGAGCCCUUUGGCCGAGGAUAGUUUCGUGAGCAGCAGCACUGAGGUCCAAUCGCGUACCGGAUGGUUUGGGGCCAGUUUGCUCAUUGUGAAUGCUGCUCUGGGGGCUGGAUUGCUGAAUUUCCCCUCCGCCUUUCACCAGGCCGGAGGGGUCGUCACGGGUGGUUUAGUUCAGUUGGUUUUGCUAGUAUUCAUAAUUCCUGCACUUCUCAUACUUGCAUACUGCUCGGACCUAAAUGGCUCAAAAACGUUGCAGGAAGUGUUGUCCUUCACUUGGGGAAAGCGAGCAGAGAAAUUUACAGCAUUUUGCACGGCGUUGUACUGUUUUGGCACAUGUAUUACAUUUCUCAUCAUUAUUGGCGAUCAAUUCGACCGAAUUUUCGCCAGCUUGUACGGUCACAAAUUUUGUCACGAGUGGUAUUUGAAUAGAGACUUUACUGUGGUUAUUACUUCCAUGUUAUUUAUCCUGCCGUUUUGUUAUCCUAAGCAAAUCGACUUUUUGAAACAUAUCAGCUCUGUUGGAGUAGUGUCGGUCAUUUACGUUGCGUUACUGAUUAUUGCAGAAUAUUAUAAUGGGAAAUAUAUUCCUGGAGAAAUCAAGACUCGACCAACAGCUUGGACUGAUGUGUUUUUAGUCGUCCCCACUAUUUGUUUUGGUUAUCAAUGUCAUGUGAGCGUGGUUCCAAUAUACUCGUGUUUCAAAACUCGUAAUAUUAAGCUGUUCAGUGCAGCAAUGUUCUUAGCCAUUUCAAUUUGUGUGUUCACCUACACGGUGGCAGCAACUUAUGGAUAUCUCACCUUUGGGUCUAAAGUUGAAAGUGACAUUCUCAAAUCCUAUGAUGCACGGGAUCCAUAUGUUUUUAUGGCUAUCAUUGCGAUUUCCAUAAAAACCUAUACGACGUAUCCUAUACUCAGCUUUUGUGGAAACGCUGCCGUAUGUGACCUCUGGAUUGAACCUCAGGACGACCAAUCCAGAGUACCAAUCAAUCCCCGGAUUAAAGAUAACUUUAGAGUCUUGUGUGUCACAGUGUGGUUUUUUGCCUCGUUGGUUUUAGCCAUAGUUCUUCCUAAUAUUGGAGCAGUGAUUAAAUUGUUGGGAAGUCUGGCUGCUGUUUUUAUCUUCAUUUUUCCUGGAAUGUGUCUUUUAAGAAUGUCUGAAAGGAACGAAGUCUUUAAUCGUUUGCGUCCCACGCUGACCUUACUAGCAGGACUGUUUUUAGCUUUAGGAGGUUUUAUAUUUGGAUGCGUUUUUACUCAGGCCAUAAUUGUUGACUAUAUCAAAGACAAGGAAGAGGAAAUUCCGUUAUGUGUUCCAGCAUCUUCUGAAUAUUUUUAUUACAUAAAUGUGUCAAGGAAAAUUUUAUAUGCAUAAUAAUAAGAGUCACCCAACCAGUACUGUUAUACAUACUAAA